CCAGAGACAGAGUGAGACAGAGUGAGAGAGAGAGAGAGAGAGAGAGAGAGAAAAGAGAGCGAGCGAGAGGGGAGGGGAAACCAAUCGGCACAGAGAGCCAGUCUGUUCUCAGCUCCCACUCCAGCGCAGCUCUUCUGUCAGACAGGACUCUGUCUCCACCAUCACACACUCUCAGACACAUUCACUCACUACCUGACAGCUGACAACACAUUUUCAGUUCCUCGGCAGCAAGACAGGACUAGAACAGCUCGGUCCAAAAGAGAGAGACAGAGAGAGAGAGAGAGGGGAAAACAGAGAGGGAGUCAAAGAGGAGGAGACAGUGAAAAGAGAGAGAGGGAGAGAGAAAGAGAAACACUGACUUUACUGGUGCUGCACACGCACACACACACACAAGUACACACACGCAGUCAGACACUCCAGCUCUGAGGAGGCUGGUCAGAGGCUGGAGACGGUCACUCCAGAAUGGAAUGGAACUUUGGAAGGAUGGAAAGUGAACUGAGGCACAUCAAUCCAGACCUGCUGCAGCCCAGCAAGAGCUUCAAGAAGCCGUCGUCCGGGACCAUCACGCUCAAUGUCGGAGGGUUCCUCUACACCGCCCACCGGGUCACUCUCUCAAAGCACCAGGGUUCCUUUCUUGAAGAGUUGGCCAACGGUAAGAAGGCGGUCCAGCACACCGACUCCAUGGGCAACCCCUUCAUUGACCGGGACGGUCCAGUUUUCCGCCAUGUGCUCAACUACCUACGGACCGGAGAGCUCCAACUACCCGACGACUUCCGCGAGGCUGGGCUCCUGCGACGAGAGGCUAACUUCUACCACCUGAGUGAACUGGCAGAGGCGGUCGUCGACUGGGAGACUCAGAGGGCCGCCCAACGGGAACCGGCAUUUUUAGAGGUGACUGACAGCCACGAGCGAUCGCAGGGCCUCAAAGUGUACUGCAGCGACGCGUCCUUCAUUGAGAAGGUCAAAGGGCGACUGGUGCAAAUCUCCAAGAGUCGGCUGGAUGGCUUUCCCGAAGAGUUUGAGGUCUCGUCCAACGUGAUCCAGUUCCGCCAUUUCAUCAAGUCAGAGUCCGGCUCCAGACUGGUCCUGAAGGAGGACAGCACGUUCUUGUGCACGCUUGAUUGUCUUAAAUUAGAGACGGUGAUGCUUGCACUCAAAUCAAGCUUCAAGCUGAUCACCAGCCUAGACAGCAGCAAAGGAUCGGUGGUGGCAGCUGAGGCCCUGCACUUUGUCAAGUAGAGCGGUGGCAGAAAAAGGGAAGAAGAAGUGACAGACAGAGAAAAGAGUAGAGCCUGAUUUCAUUUCCACUCUGCUGAUGUAAGGUACUGCGGCUUGAAAUCAUGUUAUAUGUAUCGGGUGGCAGUGUAAAACCGGGUGGAUGUUAUUAAAGGUAGGGUGUGGGGUUUUUUGAAGUGUGGUUGAAUGAGGAACUGACGCAAUGUAAGAACUGAUGUCAUGAGUCAGAACGAAAUGUCCUGGAAAACAAGUGUGAGACAAAACAUUCACAGACAAUAAUGUGUUUUUCCAUAUUAGGCACAAACGGAAAAAAUACUACUAAAAAAAAAAAACGAGUGCUCAAGUAUAGAAUAUCACACUAUACACUGUAUGUUUGUCACUAUAUCCUGCCUUUAGUGUUAUCUGACUGAAGAACUCUUUUUAGAAGACUUCAUGUGGUCCUACAUCACAACACACGUAGUGUUUUUUUAUCCACUGACACAUACAUCACUAUCUCAGUGUUAGACUAUUACCUACAUGUUUUAAAGAUUUUUUUCUAUUUGUAUUUACAUGUGACACAGACUUUUUCAAAGAGGCAGCAGCACACACGCAAAAGAGAGGAAAAAAAAAACCAAUCAGCUGAAAGGCUGGGUUCCCCCACGACAGGUCACUAGUCCAGAACAAGGUCACUUAUUAUGUGGUUUUGCAAAGUACUGGCAACCAACCUGUCUGGUGUUGAGCUACAACUCGACACAGCCUGUGUGGUGGCUGAAAUCAUACCUCAAGCAACGGCACUUCAAAAAAAAACCUAGACUGUCCCUUUAAUAUCCUUACAGCACCAGUGUUGACUUAACGCGGCGAAUGGCGCCGACCGUGCGCCGCUUUGUGAGGUGGUAUUUUUCAGAACGCAGAUCGAGUGGGGUCGAUGUAGUGUUUUAUUAUUUCUCAAAUAGGUGUGCAAAAAAACUCACAAAACCGCAGUUCAAUCCUUCAUUACGGAAAAGCCAACGUGUACGUGAAGCUCGUCACCAUCUGCAGCGUCAUCACAGCUCCUGCUGCAGAAGCAUUCACAAUCGUGCACUGUCGUGCCAUUCAGCUUUUUACUACGCACUCUGUGUGUGUGUGCGAGUGUGCGCGCGUGUGUAAAUGUUUAAGUGGGCCAAGUGUGUGUAGUUGGUUUAAUAGUUCUGUGUUUAGUUUAUCAGCCUGACAGAGCCUGCAGAAAACCGUGUCUGAACUGUGGUUGUUCUGAACGAACCAGUCUCAACUUCAAGUACGACCGCGCGCCGACGGAGACGUUUUACAUAUCACAACCACACAACGAAUACGUGGUUGUCAACGGGGCUUGGGGUCUAGCAUGAUGCAUGUGCACUAAAUACACUGUGUGUUUGUUAGUGCUGUGAGCCUCUGUGAAGCCAGUGCCACGACAAUGCCUAUUUCUUUCCAUUGUGAAUAUUUUACAAAUAAAAGUGAGACUGAAAGUAUC